UUCUUCACUCCCGCUGUGCUUCUGAAAACUAGGGUUUGCUUUGAGUUUCUUGGCUAAAUUUGGAAAAAGCAGCAGAGUAGCCUUCUUUCUGCAAGAAUGACGAGGAGGAAAUUAGAGAUGAAAAAGAUCGAGAACACGACGGCAAGGCAGGUGACUUUCUCUAAGAGGAGGAGGGGGCUGUUUAAGAAGGCUCUAGAGCUCUCAACUCUCUGCGACGCUGAUCUGGCUCUCCUUGUCUUUUCUGCUACCGGAAAGCUCUUUGACUUCUCCAGCCCAAGUAUGCAGCAGGUAAUUGAAAGACGACAAAAUCUGCAUUCAAAGAAUCUCAACAAAAUGGACCAACCAUCUUUGGAGUUGCAGAUUGACAACAGUGCUAAAACCUUGUCGAGCAAUGAGACCGUGGAGAGGACUCAUGGAAUGAGGCAGAUGAUAGGAGAAGUGCUCCAACGAUUGAAUGUAGAAGAACUACAGAAACUAGAGGAACUUCUCGAAGUAGGCUUGAGCCGUGUUUUAAAUACAAAGGAUGAAAGAUUUCUUGGGGAGAUCAGUGCCCUUAAGCGGAAGGAAGCCCAACUGAUGGAGGAUAACCAGUGCCUAAAACAGCAGAUGGAGAAGCAGUUGAAAAUUAAAAUACAUGCAAUUGAACAAGGUCAGUCAUCUGAGUCAAUCAUCAAUAUUUGCAGCUCAUCUUAUCCUCCUCAACACCAAGACAACGAAGACACUUCUCUUAAGCUGGGGCUUUGGGGCUCUAUGCUGUUUAAGAAGGCUUUGGGGCUGUUUCCUCUGCGAUGCUGAAAUAGUGAUCUUUUCUGCUCUUUGAGGGCAUCAGUACCACCUCAAGGUUCAUUCUCCAAUGCGUGUGUGAUCGGAGAUGAUGAUGAUGAGAUAGCCCAACUCCUCGAUUAACCACCAUGAUUGAACAAACUAGACGAAUGACUGAAAAAGUGUACUGUAUAUAAUAUAUCACAUGAAAGAAAAGUACUACAGAAUCUUAUGGCUUCUGCAGAACACAAACAAUUAACACGAACCGGUUAAUUUCUGUUGUUGCUACUUAUUUUUGCUGUGACGUUGCUAACUAUUGCCUAUUAGCUAAUAGCAAAAUUUCUUUUUUAAUUCUU